AUGGACCCAAUGGAGCUGCCUGUGUGUGUGUGUGUCUGAGCCUCAGUCCAAGUGUGUGAUCGAGUGUGUGCCCUCUUGCAGCCAUGGCCAAGUUGGUCGAGUGUGUGCCCAACUUCUCGGAGGGACGAAAUAAAGAGGUAAUCGAUGCCAUUGCCGGCGCCAUAUCAGCCACGGAAGGCUGCAGCCUGCUGGACGUGGACCCCGGCGCCUCCACCAACAGGACAGUGUACACAUUUGUGGGUCCCCCGCAGGCCGUGGUGGAGGGGGCGCUGAAUGCCGCGCGCGCUGCCUUCGCCAUCAUUGACAUGGCCAAGCACACAGGUCAGCACCCACGCAUGGGUGCCCUGGACGUGUGCCCCUUCAUCCCCGUGCGCAGCGCCACCAUGGACGACUGCGUGGCGUGUGCCAACGAGUUCGGCCGCAGGCUGGCGGACAUGCUGGAGGUGCCAGUGUAUCUGUAUGGAGAGGCAGCUCAGAGUGAGAACAGGCGGUCUCUCCCUACUAUACGUGCAGGAGAGUACGAGGCUCUACCUGAAAAGCUGCGGAAAAGCGAGUGGGCACCAGACUUCGGCCCUGCCACCUUUGUGGCAUCGUGGGGCGCCACGGUAACCGGCGCACGGAAGUUUCUCAUUGCUUACAACGUAAACCUGCUGAGCACCAAAGAGCAGGCACACCGCAUCGCUCUGGACAUCCGGGAGCAGGGCAGAGGCAAGGACCAGCCAGGACGUUUUAAGAAGGUGCAGGGCAUUGGCUGGUACCUGGAGGAGAGCAGCGUGGCACAGGUGUCCACCAACAUCCUGGACUUCGAGCUCACGCCUCUCCACGCUGUCUACGAGGAGAUCUGCCGAGAUGCCAGGGAGCUGAAUCUACCAGUGGUGGGCUCCCAGAUUGUGGGCUUGAUCCCGUUAAAGGCCAUGCUGGACUGUGCCGACUUUUACGUCCAGAAAGAGAAGCUCUUCAUCGUGGAAGAGGAGCACAAAGUGCGGCUGGUCAUUAGCAAACUGGGAUUGGACUCACUGGGGCCGUUCAUUCCUAAAGAGAGGAUCAUAGAGUACAUGGUGGAAGCCAAUCAGGACGAGGGGCGGUUGGUGUCCCUCUCUCUGCAGCAGUUUGUGCGCAGUGUCGGGGCCAGGACCGCAGCUCCUGGGGGAGGAUCCGUUUCUGCGGCGAUUGCUGCCAUGGGGGCAGCUCUGGGCUGUAUGGUGGGGCAGAUGACAUAUGGUAAAAGGCAGUUCGAAGCUGUAGAUGGUAUCAUGAGGAGACUCAUCCCACCUUUUCAUCAAGCCAUGAAUGACCUGCUGCUUAUAGUGGAUGCAGACUCCACUGCCUUCAACAGCUACAUGGCUGCCUUGAAAAUGCCCAGAAGCACAGCGGAUGAUAUAAAAAGGAGAGAGGAGGCCCAGCAAGAGGGGCUGAAGAAGGCCGUGGGAGUUCCACUGUCCCUGGCCGAGAAAGUCGCCGCGCUGUGGCCAGUGCUCCAGGACAUGGUGCGGUACGGCAACGUGGCCUGCAAAUCAGACGCACAGGUAGCAGCCAAAGCGCUGGAGACUGCCGUGUGGGGGGCUUAUUACAACAUCAUCAUCAACCUUAAAGACAUCACUGACCAGUCCUUCAAGUGUGCAAUGGAGGAGAAGGCAUCUGCACUCCUGAAGGAGGCUCGAGAGAGUGUUGCCAUGGUGCUGGAGACCGCCAGCCAGCGCCCCUGAACGCCCGGUCACGCAUGCACAUACAUGCACACACAAAUGCAUGCAUGCUCUUAAUAAAGCAGGUUUGCAUUCUUAGACCAUCA